AUGGUUACAGGAAAAAGCAGAAAGAAAAAAUCAAAAACAAGGUAUAAAUUAAAUUAAUGUUUAGAGUACCUUCUAAAUUAUCUUACAUCCUAGGUAAAAUAUAUGAUUUAUCCAAAUUUCUUUCACUCCAUCCAGGAGGAGAUUACUUUUUAUCAUUGGCAUAAAAUUAGAGAUACAGAAAAUGUACUAUAGCAAUCAUUUAAACAUGGAGAAAUGCUAUGCAAUUUUUUAAAACUUUAAUUUUCGAGAUAAAAUUGAUAAACUGA